AUGGUAUCAGUUACUGCAUCCCCUCCUGUCUUCCUAAUGUUUGGUAAUGGCUGGAUUGCCAACCAACUCAAAGAUGUCCUUGUAUCUCAAGGAAAGACAAUCAUCAUGUCCCAGGCCCGGACAGAAAGCCGGGAACAGGUGUUGAGUGAGCUCAUCAAGCAUAAGCCGAGUCGGGUCAUCAACUGUGCCGGCACACGCGGCACCCCAAACGUUGACUGGUGCGAGGAGCAUAAGGUUGAGACCGUCCGUUCCAAUAUUCUCGGCACGCUCAACGUAGUUGACGUCUGCCACGGGUUUGGUAUCCAUGUCACGCAAAUCGGCUCGGCCUGCAUCUACACCCUCUCGGAGGAAGAGAUUGACAACCAUCCGCCGUUCAAAGAGACCGACGAGCCUUUCUUCCAGGGUUCCUGGUACGCUCGGAGCCGUCUGCUGAGUGAACUAUCCAUUCGUCACUAUCCUAACCUUCUGCUUCUGCGGAUCCGACUUCCUAUCGCGGCCGACAUGCAUCGCAAUAAUCAUCUUAGCCGACUGCUGGGAUUCGAGAAGAUCGUUGACCGAACAGGAUCUGGCACCGUCCUGCCAGACCUGCUGCCCGGCGCCGUUAUCCUCUCCGAGAACGCAGAGACCGGCAUCUACAAUUUUGUGACACCUGGCGAGAUCAGCAAUGUCGAGCUCAUGGAGCUUGCCAAAAAAUACAUCCGACCGAAUCUGGCAUGGAAGACGUUCGGGCUGGACGAUAUGCUUGCGAUCCUGAAGGCCCCUCGGGCCAACUGCAUCAUGGACGCGACCAAGCUGCAGAAUAAGCUGCGGGAAUAUGGCUUUGAGGUGAAGGAGCGCCGGGAGGCUCUAGAGGGGGUAUUCCAAACACUAGCACAGAAGGGUUUGUAG